UUAUGUUGUGAGCGUGCAUGUAUGUGUGUGUGUGUGACUUUCAUGUUUCCUGGAUAUGAGGUGAACGAGGCCCGUCCUCAACUUAAAACGAAAGUCAGAGGGGGAAACACGUUCACAUGCUGAGGGAGGCUGACGAGGAAACAACGCAGAGACUCAGUAACUCUCAGGAUGAGCCAGUGGAAGCAGAUUCAGCAGCUGGAGAUCAGACUUCUUGAACAUGUGGAUUAUCUUUACGAUGAUAACUUCCCCAUGGACAUCAGGCAGGGUUUAGCCGGCUGGAUCGAGGCUCAGGACUGGGACUCAGCAGCGAACGAUGAGUCGAUGGCGACCGUGUUGUUCUCCAACCUGCUGUCCCAGCUGGAGCGAGUGCGCUCACAGGAGCAGAACUUCCUGCAGAGACACAACAUGAAGAUCAUACAGCAGCAGCUACAGGUGAAAUACACGUCCACCCCCGCCAUCAUGGCCAGAGUUAUCUCCACCUGCCUCAGGGAGGAGCGGCGGAUCCUCGCCAGCGCCUGCAUGCAGGAACAGGGUCCACUGGAGAAAUCUCUGCAGAGCUCUGUACAAUUUGAGAGGCAGAAAAACAUGGACAACAGAGUCGGGAUCAUCAGGGGCAGCGUGCAGAUGAUGGAUCAGGCUGUGAAAUGCAUCGAGGACAUGCAGGACGACUUUGAUUUCCGCUACAAGACCCUUCAGUCACGAGAAACAACAGAUAAGAACUCUGAGAUGAUGAAACAAGAGGUAACGAGACUGCAGGAAAUGCUGAACAGGCUGGACUUUAAAAGAAAGGAAAUCCUGUCAAAAAUGGACGUAGUGAUAAAGGAGAUCGAUGACCUCAUGACGUCUCAGCUCAGCCCGGAGCUGCAGGACUGGAAGCGAAGGCAGCAGAUCGCCGCCAUCGGGGGUCCGCUGCUCACCGGCCUGGACCAGCUGCAGAGCUGGUUCACUCUGACAGCCCAGAGUCUCUUCCAGAUCAAGCGACAGCUGGACAAACUGGGCGAGCUUGUUGUGAAGGUCACCUACGAGAGCGACCCAAUCCCCCUGCAGAAACCCCAGAUGGAGGAGAGAGUCAAAUACCUCGUCUACCACCUCAUCAAGAGCUCGUUUGUGGUGGAGAAGCAGCCCUGCAUGCCCACACACCCACAGAAGCCCCUCAUCGUCAAGACCGGAGUGCAGUUCACCACUAAAGUCAGACUCCUGGUCAAACUUCCAGAGGUGGAUUAUCAGCUCAAAGUGAAAACAACAUUUGACAAGGACCUCCCCCCUGGCAGAGUAAGUCGUCAGUUUUUCAUCCUGACCAACAACACUAAAGUCAUGGACAUUGAAGAUUAUUCAAACGGCUGCCUCUCUGUGGAGUUCAGACACUUGCAGCUGAAAGAGAAGAAGUACAUCAAUGGCACAAAGGGGAACGAGGGUCUGCUCUCUGUGACAGAGGAGCUUCACUCGCUCAGUUUCGAGGCAUGCUUCACAGUUCAGGGUCUCACCAUCGAUCUGGAGACGUGUUCUCUGCCUCUGGUGGUCAUAUCCAACGUGAGCCAGCUGCCCGGAGGCUGGGCCUCGGUCAUGUGGUACAACCUUCUGACGGACGAGCCCAGGAACAUGGCGUUCUUUGGAAACCCACCUCGGGCCACCUGGAGUCAGCUCUCGGAGGUCCUCAGCUGGCAGUUCUCCACCUUUGCCGGUCGAGGCCUCAACAAGGAGCAGCUGAGCAUGCUGGGAGAGAAGCUGCUCGGUCAACAUGCUUCCUGCAGUGAUUAUGCAGUGUCCUGGUCAAAGUUCUGUAAGGAGAAUAUUCUUGGAAAGCCUUUCAGUUUCUGGAUGUGGUUGGACUCCAUCCUGGAGCUCAUCAAGAAACACCUGCUGCCAGUCUGGAACGAGAACUACAUCAUGGGCUUUGUGAGUAAAGAGAUGGAGCGCACUCUGCUGAAGGACAAAGAGCAAGGCACGUUCCUCCUUCGCUUCAGUGAGAGCCACCUCGGAGGAAUCACUUUCACCUGGGUGGAGAACGAAAACGGAGACAUGAGGUUAAACUCUGUGGAGCCGUACACUAAAAACCGCCUCAGUGCUCUCCCUUUUGCCGACAUCAUACGAGACUACAAAGUGAUCUCAGACAGGGUCGUACCGGAGAACCCGCUCAAGUUCCUCUACCCAAACAUCCCCAAAGAUGACGCCUUCGGACGUCUUUACAACAGUCAGCCGAGCAAAGUCCAUCCAUACAUACCCUCCAUCCUGAUCCCCAUCUCUGAAUUACGCUCUAAUGUGAGCACCUCGUCCCCGGUCUCCUGUCAGUCUCCUGAACCACCGAUGACUCCCGGCGAGUUUGACAUGCUGAACAAGCAGCUUUGCUUCAGCAUGGAAACAAAAAUCCGCCGAAAGAUGGCUCAGUGGCAGGAACUGCUGAAGCUGGACUCGGCUCAUCAGGGCCAUGUGAGACAAGUUUAUGAGGGGAAAAUCCCUCUAGAGAUCCGCCACCAUCUCUGCCUGCCAAUUGAGAGCCAGGACUGGGACUCGGCAGCGGUGGAUGAAAACAAAGCUUGCACUUGUUUUCGAGCUCUCCUACUGGAUCUGGAUGAACAGUGGAACCGCUCUGUCCAGGAGAACAACAUCUUAGGGGGGCCGAACUUUUCAGGGAUGAAAGACUUCUUGCUGAAAUACCAACCAAUGAACUUGGCUGUCAUCCUUUCUGAAUGCCUCAAAGAGGAAAUGAGAAUCCUGGCGUCCGCCCGUGAAGCAAAGCAUUGUGGAAGUCCAACCAUGGAGCAAAACUGGAGAAUGUUGGAGCACAAAAUCAACAAACUACAGAAACAGACCUCGGAGGUAAAACAGGAAAUCAAGUCACUGGAGGGCCUGUAUGAAAAUCUGGGCUUCAUUCAGAAGAACUGGCAAAGCCGAGUGGAGGAGCGAGUUGGAUUGCCUCAGUCCAAGGCUGCUGUGGAAGAGGAAUGUUGUCAACAGACACUCAUCAUCACUCAAACAAAGCAGCUGGUGCUGCAGCAGGUAGGGAACAUUUUAAAUCAGGUAGAGCAGACUAUAGUGACCCUUGUCGAUGUGGAGCUAACUGAAUGGAAGCGCAGACAGCAGAAGGCCUGCAUUGGAAGUCCUGUUGACACUUCUCUGGACCAUCUGGAGAAGAUGUUCACGGCUGUGGCAGAAGUUCUGGUGCAGAUACCCAAACAGCUGCAGAAACUGCAAGACCUGAUCGGGAAAUACAACAGCACAGAUUCCUCCAACCUCACUGGUCAAAUGGCGGAAAUCGAGAGUUUUUCUUUGUCCUUGCUCAAAAAACUGCUUUCAAAUGCUCUGGUGGUUGAGAAACAGCCUGUGAUGACGAGUUUACCACAACGACCCCUGAUAAUUAAGACCGGGGUGCGCUUUGCAGUAUCAGUGAGGUUUUUAGCAAACCUCACCGAAUUCAUCCAGAACAGCUCACUUAAAGUCACACCUUCAUUUGACAAGGAUGUUGAAGAGGCCAAGACGCUUAAAGGGUUCCGUCAGUUUUACUUUGACAGCAACGACUACAAGUUCAUGGACGUGCACCCAGCUGGUGGAGGAUUGGAGGCAGAAUUUGGGCACAUGUUACUCAAAGAAAGAAAAGGAAAGGGUAAAGGAUCACAAGAGACCAAAGUGGUGGAUCAACCGGCAGGCAAAAGGAAAAGAAACCAGAGUGAAGAAGAUCAGCUCCAUCUGACGGUCUUGGAAGAGCUCCACAUCAUUAAGUUUGUGAUGGUGUUUAGGCACCCUGGACUGGAGUGUGACAUCGAGACCAGCUCCCUGCCUCUGGUUGUCACCUCCAGUACCAGUCAGAUCCCUGCUGCCUGGGCCUCGGUGAUGUGGUACAACAUGCUGUCCAACGGUGAACAAAGGGACCUGUCGCUGUUUCUCACACCUCCCUCACUCACCUGGGAGCAGCUGUCUCAGGUUCUGAGCUGGCAGUUUUUGUCCGCCGGCCAACUGGAGCUCAAUAAUGACCAGCUCUCCAUGCUGAGAGACAAGUUUGUUGACAAUCCUGAUGGUCUUGUUCACUGGAAAGAUUUCUCAAAGUGUGAUAAGAACGAGUCCAGUGCCUGGUUUUGGAUAGAUGGGAUUCUGGAUUUGAUUAAAAAACACCUGGCGGAUAUUUGGCGGGAUGGGUCCAUCAUGGGGUUCGUGACCAGAACCAAAACAAAGGAACUGCUGAAGGAAAAACCGAACGGCACAUUUCUGCUUCGCUUUAGUGAGAGCAUCAAAGACGGAGCCAUCACCUUCAGCUGGGUGGAGCACUCCAAUGGUGGGACCCAUGUGCAUGCAGUCGCUCCGUACAUAAAGCAGGAGCUGUCAGUCAACUCUCUGCCUGACAUCAUUUACAACUACAGCCUGAAAGCUCAGAAGAACACAAACAGGAACCCUCUGCUCUACCUUUACCCAGAUAUCCACAAAGACACUGCCUUCAGACGCUACUGCAGUGGAUCAGAAACAACAGCACCUAAAAACAGCAAGCAUGGAUACGUGCCCAAAAACUUCAUUCCUGUUUCAGAGAAUCCUACACCACCUCCAUCUCCCACUCGAGAGCUGGAAAUGAUGGACACGGACUCCGACCAGGACACUAGUAUGGAGCGUCAAAAAGUGAUAAAGGAACUCUUCCCUGAUUUACUCUUACCCGACUACCCUGGAGUCUGCACCCCAUCUCUCCAGUUCACCUUUGUGGAUCCUCAAAGUUUCGCCUGAUUCUGAGACAUUAAACCCAACUCAACACAUUUUCAGGCAGGUUUCAAAAUAUUAACAUUUUGUCCAUCAAGCUUGAGGAACUUUUAUUGGACAAGGUGUCAGUAUUACAGCAAAAAAAAAAACUAAAACAAAGAGAAGUAAAAAUAAAGAUAACUAUGAUGUGCUAUGCUGCCAAUUUAUCAAGAAUGUAUUUAAAAAGUACCUGUCACUCACUCUACAUGACGGGCCCAUGGAGGAGGUGCUCUUUGUUUAUAAUGAAAAGCUGAUUGUAAAGAUUUGAACUGGAUUUUUGAUUAGUCAUUAAACCUGUGUGCUGCAUCAUAAGACCUCUGUAUGAUUUACAGGGGAAUUAUGAUUCUGCUUUAUGUAUUUAGGGAAAUGUUUAGUUUUGUGGGAAAAUGUAAGAUGUUUGUCUUCCAAAAUGUUGGUGUUUACUAUUUUAUAUAGAAUAUUUUGCAUAAGCUUGAUCUGCCUUUCAGGAACAUAAAGU